UGUACAUGUUUGGGGGGGGGGUAGUGUUUGCACAAAGACAGAAUCUGGGUCUCCCUGGCACUACGGGGAUGGAGAAUGCACCUGUUUGCGUUGGAAAGUCUCCCAACCCCACCGCCCCUCUUGGUCGGCCUGCCCUGGACUCUGGUCUCCCUUGUCCCCCUGAUCCUGCUGGGGGGAGCCCUCCACGAAGGCAAGCAGCGUGUAAUGAUUAACUCCACAGACACUCCAGCAUUCUUCCCAAAUUAAACUUUAAGAGAGCUUACCCUCCCUUUUCGCAUUGGUCAUUUUUUUCGAGUGAGGGAGUGGGCGGGGCCUCAGGGUCCUGGACCCUCCCCCCAACUCUGGGUCACCUAGGGGUUUCCCGCCUCCUCACCUGGGCCCUGUACCCCCAGAACUCCCCCGAAGGUUGAGCCUUCCUCCCCUUACAAUAAAUCCCGAUGGGGGCGGGGAGGGGAGUGCUGGGCCAGACGGGGGCCUUCCCGCCACCUGCUGGUCCCCAGCCCGGGCCUCGGCCCUGCCGGCCCCUCCCCCUCUCCUGGUUAGCAGCGGAGGUGGCCUUGUUUUCUUGCCCUGCCACCCGCCCUUGGGGCCAGGCAGGUGGGGCGAGAUUCAGGAAGUAAACAAGGAGGCAGGAGGCUGGGACGGCGGGAAGGAGGGUGGGGCCGGAGCCGCGGGGCAGGAGAGGCCAUAGGGGAAGCUUCGGCGUGGAGUUGCUGUGUUUCGGGGACUGAUAGAUUAUGCGGGUCUGUUUCUUCAGCAGAAGCUUUCUGAGGGCCCCAGUUUGAGAGUUCAGGUUUCUUGGGAGGGGGCCUGCCAGGGCCCCACAGCUAGGACCCCCAUUCUUCUCCCAGUUUCAUCUAUUUGGUCCUAACUGCCCCACUCUUCUCUUGUCUUGGAAGGGUCUGAAGGGCAGGGUGAAGGAUGGAAAGGCCAAACCCAAGUCUUCAGUCGGCCCUCCAGCCCUCUGAGGCCAGACUCUAUCUAAUCUGAUUCCGAUUUAGAUCUUCUCCCCUUUCCCGGUCCAAACACUGCCCUGAUUCCUCCUCCCUGGGUUGGAGGAGGACCCCAGUUUUGGUCUCUGAUAUCCUGUCUGGCUUCCCUGCACACCCCCCUCCCCCAGUCUCCCUCUCCCUGGAGUGAAGUCACCAGGGCUGGUUGCCAGAGGAUAAACGGGAUGGGAGUGGGGACACUGCGUUUUGUUGUUGAUGUUCUGGUGUCUGUUGAUGUUCACUGGUGGGUGUGUUUUACCCUUCCCUGCAGGACCCUGAGCCCCCUCCCUGUCUCUCCCUCCAACCUUCCUUUUUCUGCCUGUCUGUGUCUGUCCUCUUGGGUGUCUUGACUUUCUACUUCUGCUCCUGUAGUACCCUUCCAGCCAGGACACCCUGAAGAGUGUGUCAGGAGGACCCUCAUCCCCCAGGGUUGAUGUAGAGGAGUCCUCUGAGCCACUGAGUCCUGGGUUCCAGGGGUGGGCAGCAGCAUCAGAAUGAAAGCCUGGUAGGCCCCAGCCAGGAUAGAGAACACUUCGUGGUUUCUUCUUUGUGAUGUUAUGGAGCUGGGUCUGUCUCCACCUCAUCUCAGCAGCUCCCCAGAAGAUCUGUACCUGACCCCCGGGACCCCUCCUGGGACUCCCCCGCCUCCCGAUGCCCCUCUGCCUGGGGAGGUGAAGAGGUCCCAGCCUCUGCCCAUUCCAACCAGCAGGAAUCUUCUUCGAGAGGAGGAGCUGCGGACAAGCUCUCUACCCUCCAUCCCCAACCCCUUCCCUGAGCUCUGCAGUCCUCCUUCACAGACCCCCAUUCUUGGGGGGCCCUCCAGUGCAAGGGGGCUGCUCCCUCGAGACGCCAGCCGCCCCCAUGUAGUAAAGGUGUACAGUGAAGAUGGGGCUUGCCGGUCUGUGGAGGUGGCGGCAGGUGCCACGGCUCGCUACGUGUGUGAAAUGCUGGUGCAGCGGGCUCACGCCCUGAGCGAUGAAAACUGGGGGCUGGUGGAGUGCCACCCCCAUCUGGCGCUGGAGCGGGGCUUGGAGGACCACGAGUCAGUGGUGGAAGUGCAGGCUGCCUGGCCCAUUGGUGGAGACAGCCGCUUCGUCUUCCGGAAGAACUUCGCCAAGUAUGAACUGUUCAAGAGCUCCCCACACUCCCUGUUCCCGGAAAAGAUGGUCUCCAGCUGUCUGGAUGCACACACAGGCAUAUCCCAUGAAGACCUCAUCCAGAACUUCCUGAAUGCAGGCAGCUUCCCAGAGAUCCAGGGCUUCCUGCAGCUUCGAGGGUCAGGACGGAAGCUUUGGAAACGCUUCUUCUGCUUCCUGCGCCGGUCUGGCCUCUAUUACUCCACCAAGGGCACCUCCAAGGAUCCAAGGCAUCUGCAGUAUGUAGCAGAUGUGAACGAGUCCAACGUGUACGUGGUGACCCAGGGCCGCAAGCUCUAUGGGAUGCCCACGGACUUCGGCUUCUGUAUCAAGCCAAAUAAGCUUCGAAAUGGCCACAAGGGGCUUCGGGUCUUCUGCAGCGAGGAUGAGCAGAGCCGCACCUGCUGGUUAGCAGCUUUCCGCCUCUUCAAGUAUGGGGUGCAGCUGUAUAAGAAUUAUCAGCAGGCACAGUCUCGCCACCUGCGUCCGUCCUGUGUGGGUUCCCCACCUUUGAGGAGUGUCUCUGAUAACACCCUGGUGGCCAUGGACUUCUCUGGCCAUGCUGGGCGUGUCAUCGAGAACCCCCGGGAAGCUCUGAGUGCAGCCCUGGAGGAGGCCCAGGCCUGGAGGAAGAACCAUCGUCUCAGUCUGCCCACCCCAGGCUCAGGCACGAGCCUCAGUGCAGCCAUCCACCGCACCCAACCCUGGUUCCACGGACGCAUCUCCCGAGAGGAGAGCCAGCGGCUCAUCGGGCAGCAGGGCCUGGUGGACGGCCUGUUCCUUGUUCGAGAGAGUCAACGGAACCCACAAGGCUUUGUCCUCUCUCUGUGCCACCUGCAGAAGGUCAAACAUUAUCUCAUCCUCCCGAGCGAGGAGGAGGGCCGCCUCUACUUCAGCAUGGAUGACGGCCAGACUCGCUUCACGGACCUGCUGCAGCUUGUGCAGUUCCACCAGCUGAACCGUGGCAUCCUGCCAUGCUUGCUGCGCCACUGCUGUACCCGCGUGGCCCUCUGACGGCCACAGAAGCAGGCAUGGGUCUCAGCCUGUUCCAGGCUGGCCACUGCCCCCGAUGCUCACAGGGUGGACUUGGAGGGGGCAGAAGGUGGGGACAGGCUCAUGAACAAUUGGAGGGCUCCCCUACUCCAGAGGGUCUUCUCCUUGGCUCCUCUGCCUCCCUCAGGCAGAAAGUGUUCCUCACCCACUCCACCCCCGACCUGUCUCCUCAAGAGAAGGCACUUGGGGUGGCCCUCCCCUUCACAGAACUCCUGGGCACUGCCCUGGGCAGGGCAUUUUGGGAGAAAUGGGGUAGCCCAGGUGGUCUUAUGCCCCACACUUUGUACAGACUGAGAGGCCAGUUGAUCUGCUAUGUUUUAUACUAGUGACAAUAAAGAUUAUUUUUUGAUACA